UAUAGCUACAGCUGUGUUGCAUCGAAGUGGCGCUCUGUCUACCUUUUUGCUGGUGGCAUUCAAAGACUAGCCAUCUGGAACCAUUCACCUUGCAGUACCCCACCAGUGUUAAACGUCAAACCGUACUGUUUACUCUUAAUGGAGGACUCUGAGCUGACGUCAUUGAAGAGGGCAUGUCCAGUGGAAGAGCUCAUCCACACCGUCAAGAGGCCCAGAGUGAGAGAGGAGAAGAAUGGAGCAGCUGCAGCACAGCUGGCCAAAGGGGAAGGAGAGGAGUGUGAGGGCAGUGAAGAUGAACUGCCAGCAGAGGAGGAGGAGGAGGGGGAGGUGGUGGAAGGGGAUGGCGAAACCUUCGCUGACAUGAUGAAGCACGGACUGACAGAGCUUGAUGUGGGCAUUCUGAAGUUUGUCAGUGACCAUAAAGGCUUCUCAGGGAUUCUGAAAGAACGGUACUCCGAUUUUGUUGUGCAUGAAAUCAACAAAGAGGGGAAGACUGUUCAACUUGAUGACUUAUCCAUCCCAGUGGAAACUGAGGAGGCUCCACCGGAGGAACCGGCCGCUGAAGCUGAGGUGCUGACGGAGGAACAGAAGAAGCAGCUGGAGGAGCUGCAGCUGUUUAAGAAUAAAGAGGGCAACGUGUCUAUAGAGGUAGCGGAUGACACAAAAGAGAAGCGCACUCAAGUCCACAGAGCGGUGAAGAAUAUGUACCCUGGCCUGGAAACCAAGACUGAGGAGAAGGACGGGCGGAAGUACAUUGUGGCCUACCAUGCAGCAGGGAAGAAAGCUCUGGCAGCUCCCAGGAAACACUCUUGGCCCAAAAACAGAGGCAGCUUCUGUCACUUUGUGCUCUACAAGGAGAACAAAGACACCAUGGACUCCAUUAAUGUCCUCUCCAAGUUUCUCAGGGUGAGGCCCAAUGUGUUUUCAUACAUGGGCACCAAGGACAAGAGGGCCAUCACUGUGCAGGAGAUUGCAGUUUUAAAGAUCACAGCCGAGAGGAUACUUCACCUCAACAAGUGCCUCAUGAACUUCAAGCUGGGAAAUUUUGCAUACAAGAAGCACCCUCUCAAGCUGGGAGAACUUCGGGGCAACCACUUCACUGUAGUCGUCAGGAACAUCGAUGGGUCAGAGGAGCAGGUUGGUCAGGCCAUGGCCUCGCUCAGGGAUGCCGGCUUCAUCAACUACUACGGCAUGCAGCGCUUUGGCACCACUGCUGUUCCCACAUACCAGGUUGGCAAAGCCAUUUUACAGAACAACUGGAAUGAAGUCAUGGAUCUCAUUCUUAAACCACGGCCUGGAGCGGAGAAGGGCUACCUGGUGAGGUGCCGUGAGGAGUGGGCCAAGUCUCAGGACCCGGAGGCGGCGCUGAGGAAGCUGCCCGUCAAACGCUGCGUAGAGGGACAACUGCUGCGGGGCCUGUCCAGGUACGGCAUGAAGAACAUCGUCCACGCUUUUGGAAUGAUUCCCCGAAACAAUCGUCUGAUGUACAUCCACAGCUACCAGAGCUAUGUGUGGAACACCAUGGUGAGCAGGCGGGUGGAGGCGUUUGGGUUUCAGGCUGUGGAGGGGGACCUGGUGCUCAAAGGAGGUACUGCUCAUGUUCUCACUGCAGAAGAAGCAGAGAAACACUCCAUUCAUGAUAUCGUGAUGCCUCUACCAGGCUUUGAUGUCAUUUACCCAACACACCAUGUCGGGAAGGGCUACAGAGAGAUGCUGACUGCAGACAACUUGGACAUUGACAACAUGAGGCACAAGGUCCGGGACUAUUCACUUGCGGGGGCCUACCGCCUCGUUCUCAUUCGCCCACAGAACGUCAGCUGGGAGGUGAUAAACUAUGAUGAUGCACGAGUCCCACUGGUUCACACCGACGUUGAGAAACUGGAGGGCAAACCAGCCCCAGUCUACCUCACAGAGGGGAAGUACAGGGCCCUGAGGAUGGAGUUCUCUCUGCCUCCCUCCACCUACGCCACCAUGGCCAUCAGAGAAGUGCUGAAGAUGGACACCAGCAUCAAGAACCAGACCCAGCUCAACACCACGUGGCUCAACUGAGUGCAGAUGGACACCUCCGGCCCCCUGCAGAACAUGUUUCAUUCAACUCCUCACUGCUUUUGCUCCUUAGGUUUCUUUUUAAGAGGAUGGGUUUUAUAAAUUUGAAUUGUAGCUUUCUUGGAUUAAAUCAGGGAAGUGUUAUGUGGAAAAUUUGGACAUGCUCUAUUGUGAGUUUUGGUAUGACCUUUAUUAUUUCUUAUGGCUGACUUCAUGAAGAGGUUUGCAGAAGAAUGUCUUUUUUUCCCUUUUUUAAGGUAUUUACUGUAAUGAGGUUGUACAGAAAGAUGUAAACUGUAAAAUACACCCCUGAUGAAAUUACUUGCCCAAUACAAUAAAAUAUUCUUUGACCUA